GACUGUGGACACCACUCUGCAGACUCUGCAGCGGGCGCAGGAGGUUCGCGAUAGCCUGGCGAAUCAGGUGCAGGAGGCGGAGGGCACGUUGCAGCGCGCGGAGGCGACGGUUACCCGCGCGGGGACCCAUCUGCAGGAUGUGGAGACGACGAUGUCCAGCGCGGAGACCAACUUGCAGCAGGCCGAGCGCGAGGUCCAGCGCAUCCAGGACCAACUAUCGGAUCAAUUGCGGCAAGUGCAGGAUCAGCUGCUGGAGACGGACCAGCGCGUGAUGGGCAUGACGACUCGCUUGCAGGAGCCAUUGGAGCAAUUCUUCGUGCGGCAUUUAGCGGGCUGGGACCAGCGCAUGAAGGCAAUGGAGGUGCCGGAGCAGCAGGUGCAGCAGCAGGUGACGGAGCAGCAGGUGCAGCAGCAGGUGACGGAGCAGCAGCAGAUGCAGGCCAUCACCAACCGCAUGGACCAGCUGGGUCAGGAGAUGACGCAGGUGAGCCGGCAGAAUACUAAUGAGAUGCAGACCAUCACCAACCGCAUGGACCAGAUAGAUCGGCAGAUGACGCAGGUGAACCAGCAGACUACUGAGACUUCGGGUAGGCUCUCGGACCUGGACUGGAAG